AUGUCUUCCGACAUAGAAGAUCAAUCCAUUCAUUCAGAUGAUUCUAUAGCUGAUAGUGAGAAGCUAGAAGAGAUGAUGUGGGAAGGAAUCAAUGACCCAAUGCAAGCUGAGAUAGAUGUUGAGAUUGAAGCUGAACAUGAAGCACAACUUGUAGCGCAGCAGCAGGGAGCUCUUGGUAAUUGGUCCCCAUACUUUCGUCUUAGACAAGAUGCAUUUGGCAAGGUGGGUCUAUCACCAUUGCAGAAAUGCACGGCUGCCAUUAGAAUGUUAGCGUAUGGUACACCUGCUGAUCUUAUGGAUGAAACUUUUGGUGUUGCGGAAAGCACAGCAAUGGAAAGCAUGAUUAACUUUGUUCAAGGUGUUAGAUAUAUAUUUGGUCAGCAAUAUCUUCGCAGGCCUAAUGAGCAGGAUAUUCAGUUUACAGUUAAUGGGAAAGUAUAUAACAUGGGGUACUAUCUAGCAGAUGGAAUUUAUUCAGAAUGGGCAACAUUUGUGAAACCAAUCAGUAGACCUCAAAGUGCUAAGCAUAAGUUAUACGCCAAUUAUCAAGAAUCAGCAAGAAAAGAUGUAGAACUAGCUUUUGGAGUUCUACAGAAACGUUGGGCCAUCAUACGCCAUCCAGCACGCCUUUGGGAACAACAUGAACUAGCAAAUAUUAUGUAUGCAUGUGUUAUUUUGCACAAUAUGAUAGUUGAGGAUGAGAGAGGCUCCUAUGGAGUACCAGAUGAAAACACAUAUGAACAAGGCCAAUUUUCUCCUCAGAUGGCAGGGCUUGCCGAAGGCCCCGUCUAUGGAUUUACUGAUGUCCUAGAGAAAAACGAUAAAAUUUGUGAACAACUCACCGCCGUCUCAAGGAGGAUUUGA